AUGAGUGCUUUCAAAAAGCACUACAGUCUCGCUCCCAGGACCUUCAGAAGAUCGCUGUCGGAACAAGAUGCUGGCAGUGCUGCCUUGAAGGACUAUCAUUGGUAUGACCAAAUGAAGAGCAAGAAGAUGAAUAAACAAAUGAGUUCUGACCCAGAGAAACCUGUCGGAGCGUACAGGUGGCAGACACAUCCUCGCCUUCCCUGGAGGAUAGGCAAAAGAGAGGGCUUGUGCAGCCUGAAAGGGGAAUGCAGUGAUCCAAGUCUUGCCAAAAGUUCUGCAAGCGUGGCUGCUACCAGCGCUGAUGAUCUCCAUGAAGACCCAAUGGAGACACUUUUCCAGGCAAGGACUAGACCGUUUCGGGUUCCUUUCAACCGAUCUCUGUCUGAACCUGUGCCACACAUUGGAAACAGGAAUGCAAAGCCUUUUCUGCAAGCCGUGCAUUCAGUAGACUCUGAACAGCAAGGCUAUUUCAUCCGUGGCAUUUUCUCCUCUCUCUCAAGUGGUUUUUCAAAGAUAAUGAAUCGGAAAGGAGAGCCUGGCAGUGAGUCAGUAAAUGACGGGAAGACAGAUGAUAAUCAAAUUGAUUCGAGUACAGAUGUGAAAGGACCACCUACACACAGACUGUCCUGCGGCCAGUCCCCCUACACUGAAACGACAACAUGGGAGAGGAAGUACUGCAUCCUGACGGACAGUCAGCUGGUGCUGCUCAACAGAGAGAAAGAGGUGCCCAUCGAUGGGGUCCAAGAGCCGCAGGCGGAUGCUACCAAAGGGCGCUGCCUGCGCCGGACAGUGAGCGUCCCCUCCGAGGGCCAAUUCCCCGAGUACCCGCCAGAGGGGGCCGCCAAACUAGAGGUCCCAGCAGAGAGAUCUCCUCGCAGGCGGAGCAUCUCCGGGACCAGCACCUCUGAGAAAACCAACUCCAUGGAUGCUUCGAAUACCUCUCCUUUCAAAGUGCCAGGCUUCUUCAGUAAACGUCUGAAAGGGUCCAUCAAGAGGACAAAAAGUCAGUCAAAGCUGGACAGGAACACGAGUUUCCGACUCCCAUCUCUCCGCAAUGCUGAUGACAGGUCCCGCGGAUUGCCAAAGCUGAAAGAGUCUCGUUCCCAUGAGUCUUUACUGAGCCCAGGCAGCGCCGUGGAGGCCCUGGAUCUUGGGUCAGAAGAAAAAGUCUUUGUCAAACCACUACACAGCAGUAUCCUCGGGCAAGACUUCUGCUUUGAGGUGACCUAUUCCAGUGGCAGUAAAUGCUUCAGUUGCUCCUCUGCAGCAGAGAGGGACAAGUGGAUGGAAAACCUACGCAGAACAGUGCAACCGAAUAAGGACAACUGCCGUCGAGCUGAAAAUGUGCUCCGUCUCUGGAUCAUUGAGGCAAAGGACCUGGCCCCCAAGAAGAAAUACUUCUGUGAGCUGUGCCUUGAUGACACUCUCUUUGCCCGCACCACCAGCAAAACAAAAGCAGAUAACAUUUUCUGGGGAGAGCACUUUGAGUUCUACGGUCUCCCACCUCUUCACAGCAUCACAGUUCACAUCUACAAGGAUGUGGAGAAGAAGAAGAAGAAGGACAAGAACAAUUAUGUUGGCCUGGUCAACAUUCCCAUGGCCAGUGUAACCGGUCGCCAGUUUGUGGAAAAAUGGUACCCAGUCAGCACGCCUACGCCCAACAAAGGGAAAUCGGGGGGACCUUCCAUCCGGAUAAAGUCCCGUUAUCAGACCAUCACCAUCUUGCCCAUGGAGCAAUACAAAGAAUUUGCAGAGUUUGUUACCAGCAACUACACUAUGCUUUGCUCUGUGCUGGAGCCUGUGAUCAGCGUAAGGAAUAAGGAAGAGAUGGCUUGUGCUUUGGUGCACAUUCUUCAGAGCACUGGGAGAGCUAAGGACUUCUUGACGGAUUUGGUGAUGUCUGAGGUAGAUCGUUGUGGGGAGCAUGAUGUCUUGAUCUUCAGGGAGAACACGCUUGCUACCAAAGCUAUUGAGGAAUACCUAAAGUUGGUAGGGCAGAAGUAUCUUCACGAUGCACUAGGGGAGUUUAUCAAGGCUUUGUAUGAGUCAGAUGAAAACUGUGAAGUGGAUCCCAGCAAAUGUUCAUCCAGUGAAUUAACAGAUCAUCAGAGCAACCUGAAAAUGUGUUGUGAGCUGGCCUUCUGCAAGAUUAUCAAUUCUUACUGCGUAUUCCCUCGUGAGCUGAAGGAGGUAUUUGCAUCUUGGAAGCAGCAGUGCCUGAGCAGGGGCAAGCAGGACAUCAGUGAACGCCUGAUCAGUGCCUCCCUCUUCCUCCGCUUCCUCUGCCCCGCUAUCAUGUCCCCCAGCCUCUUUAGCCUCAUGCAGGAGUAUCCUGACGACCGAACAUCUCGCACGCUCACACUUAUUGCUAAAGUCAUUCAGAAUCUCGCCAAUUUUGCUAAGUUUGGUAACAAGGAAGAAUACAUGGCCUUCAUGAAUGACUUUUUGGAACAUGAGUGGGGAGGAAUGAAGCGUUUUCUCCUGGAGAUCUCUAAUCCAGAUACCAUCUCAAACAUGCCUGGAUUUGAGGGCUACAUCGACCUGGGCAGAGAGCUCUCAGUUUUGCAUUCCCUCUUAUGGGAGGUUGUGUCCCAACUUGAUAAGGGUGAAAAUUCCUUCCUACAGGCGACCGUGGCAAAACUGGGACCUCUUCCUCGUAUUCUUGCCGAUAUCACCAAAUCAAUGACCAACCCUACGCCAAUACAGCAGCAGCUGAGGCGUUUCACUGAGCACAGCUCUAGUCCAAACGUCAGUGGCAGUCUCUCCUCAGGGCUUCAGAAGAUAUUUGAGGACCCCACUGAUGGUGACUUGCAUAAGCUGAAGUCUCCAACCCAGGAAAAUGUAGAUGGAUAUUUUAGGGGCAAGACCUUACUGUUGGUUCAGCAGGCAUCCACCCAGAGCAUGACUUACUCAGAUAAGGAUGAAAGGGACAGCAUCUUGCCCAAUGGACGUAGCAUCUCUCUCAUGGACCUCCAGGAUCCUCACACGGCUCACAGUGACCAUGCUUCUAUCAUGCACGAUGUGCCUUUGCGCUUGGCCGGCAGCCAGCUCUCCAUCACCCAGGUGGCGAACAUCAAACAGCUGUGGGAAACUCAGAGCACACCCCAGAGCGCUCCCCAGGUGAGGAGGCCUCUGCACCCGGCUUUAAACCAACAGGGCAGCCUCCAGCCUCUGUCGUUCCAGAACCCGGUUUACCAUCUCAACAACCCAACCCCGCCGAUGCCGAAGGCCUCUGUGGACUCCAGCCUGGAGAACCUGAGCACUGCCAGCUCCCGGAGCCGAAGCAACAGCGAAGACUUCAAACUCAGCGGACCCAGCAACAGCAGCAUGGAGGACUUCACCAAGCGCAGCACGCAGAGUGAGGACUUCUCCCGGCGCCACGCAGUCCCAGACAAGCACGUCCCCAUUGCGCUGCCCCGCCAGAACAGCAGCAGCCAAGCACAGAUCCGCAAAAUGGACCAAGCCGGGCUGGGCGCCAGGGCCAAAGCCCCACAGUCCUUGCCACACAGUGCUUCCCUGCGGAGCACGGGCAGCGUGUCGGGAGUGUCGGGGGCCAUGGUGGCUGAACCCCUUCAGAAUGGGAGCCGGUCCCGGCAGCAGUCCUCGUCCUCUAGAGAGAGCCCUGUCCCAAAGGUGAGGGCAAUUCAGAGGCAACAAACGCAGCAGGUUCAGUCGCCCGUGGACUCAGCCACAAUGUCACCAGUGGAAAGGACAGCUGCGUGGGUUCUCAAUAACGGACAGUAUGAAGAAGUGGAGGAGGACACAGAGCAGAAUCCAGACGAAGUCAAGCAUGCUGAGAAGUAUGAACAAGAAAUAGCGAAGCUGAAGGAGCGCCUGAAGGUGUCAAGUCGCCGGUUGGAGGAGUAUGAGCGGCGGCUCCUGGUGCAAGAGCAGCAAAUGCAGAAGCUGCUGAUGGAGUACAAGUCUAGGCUGGAAGACAGUGAGGAGAGACUGCGCAGGCAACAGGAGGAGAAGGACAGCCAGAUGAAAAGUAUCAUCAGCAGACUCAUGGCAGUUGAAGAGGAGCUGAAGAAGGAUCAUGCAGAGAUGCAAGCUGUCAUCGAUGCAAAGCAGAAAAUUAUUGAUGCGCAGGUCAUAAAUGGGGAUGAGAUAAUUCAAACAGGAGAAGCGGAUCGUGUCCCUGGACUCUGCCAACACGCGGCUGAUGAGUGCCCUGACGCAGGUGAAGGAGCGCUACAGCAUGCAAGUCCGCAAUGGCAUCUCCCCAACCAAUCCCACCAAGCUUUCCAUCACGGAGAAUGGUGAAUUCAAAAACAGCAGCUGCUAACUGGGCAGAUGCUGCCGGCCGUCUCCCCAGGAGAAGGGCAAGAGGGAGCAGACUCGAGAAACCUUCAAAAUAGCACCCCCUUCCCCUUACAGGUUUACAUAAUGCUGCUAAUAAAACGGAAAAAAGAGAAAGAAGAACUCUGAAAGGUGGGCUGUAAUUCCCCGCUCAAGGCCAGGAGAACCGGGCUCCCGAGAACAAGUCCUUCCAUAUCACUGUGUAAAUAGAGGGAGCUCUUGGGUCAUGUACAGAAAAUGCCGAUGUAAUAUACCAAAAGGAAGUGAAUACUGUAGAUUUUUUUAAUUAUUGAUAUUUUUAUUAUUUUUUUUUUCUCUUGUUGAAAGCACUGCAGUCCUUGGAGGAGGAAGAGGGGAGUGUGAGUGCAUGUGUGUUGUGGGUGAGAGAGAGAGAUGAGCAGUGGGUUACGUUAGACAGCAGCUGGGUCUAUCGGGCUGGCUGACACAAGUACACGAGUGGAGUGAAAUAGUAGUGAAGUGAAUUCUAUAAGAAAAUUCAUCUGCUGGUUUUAUUCCCCUCUUCUCUAGCUCUUCUUAAGCCGAAUGCAAACUUGAUAGCAAACAUUUUAGCAAGAAAAUUGGCUCUUGCUGGAUCCUGUACCUACUUUCAGUAGGACUCCGGCAAAGAAUUGUCAGUCUUUUUGAACAAGAUGAAAACUUGGAGCAGCAAGCUUCUUUCCUUGCAUUUGCACACAGUCAGGAUUCCCAUCAAACAGGCAGAGGGAAUCUGCAGUUUUUCAAGGUAGGAUUCUUUCUUUUUUUUACCCCAGUUCUAAUGCAGUUUUAUAUUUUCUGUUUUGAAAAUUUACAGACCUGUAAAUACUUUUUUUAAAAAAAAUUUCUAUCCGAUCCCCACUUUAUGGACCACGGAGUGGCACCCUGAAUUCGUUCUCUGCGCUCCAUCAGGAACAGUCAGGUUAACGCUCUGAGGAAAGGGCUAACCCAAGGGUGCCCGUGCCCAGCAAAGGAGACUUCCGUAUGCAAAAUUUCCUUUUUUUUCCUAGAGGAUUUCUGUAGUUUAACUCUUGUUCAGUUUCACUGUUUCAGCCGUUAGCUUAGCCAGUCUAGUUCCAGUGAAAGAUGCUUCUGCACGUUUGUGUUAAAAGCUCUUCCAUUUUCCCUGAAAUUCGCCUUUCUCUGGAUACUUCAGAGGGGUUUUUUUGAAGUUCUGUACACACCAGUUUUUCCUCAAGGAGUUUUGACUAAGCUUUCAUCUCCAAUUACUUUCAGUUGCAUUUCAUAGAAGCAUACUUACAGGCUGUAUGUGAGUGCGUAUAUCAUUACAAGGUGACCUUCUCAUGGUAGAUAACAACAUUCACAAACUGUAAAAGAUUAACAAUAAAUGACACAGUAUUGUCAAUUCUCAUGAUUUCAUCAAAUGCCACGAUAUUUAGUCUGGGGUGGGUUUUUUUGGUUUUUUUAGUUUUUUUUAAUCCCCAAAUUCUACACUCAAGUAAUAAUGUGUGAAUCUUCACUUUCACUUUUUGGUAUAUGUUUCUAGCCCCCAAAUCCUCAAAGUAAAUAAAGUUAUUGCAACAGGAAUUUAAAUUUCGAAUUCCAGAUGUAGACUAAUAACAGCGAGCGUGAUUAACCGUUCAGACUAGUUAUGGAAAUUAGAAAUUGGAAAAGUUGACUUCAAAACAAGACAAAACCUGGCGAGGGUGCCUCGGUGUGGGGUGCGUUUAGCAAACAGUUCAGGCUGCAGCUAGGAACGAGUUAAUGGGGUGGCUGUGGGGGUACCUGCCUGGAAUCGUACGGCCUGUGAUACGGAGGAGGUCAGAGAUGAUGAUGCCAUCGCCCUCUCUGGCCUUCGUUUCUGAAGCUCUAAAAUCCUACUGCGUUAAAAAUGUAGGAUUUUCUAAGCCAAUUUCUUGACCUCCUGAAAGUGACCCAUGUUGCCUUCAAGGUGAAGGACUGGCAAUACUGAGAACCCAAGUUCAGUGUUCGUUGUCCAGUUUGUUUGCUCUUUGGAAAUGAACCAACCUCACCUCUGUGGGCAACCGCAGCUUGUGACAGAGCGCAGUAUGUUGACAGUUCCACCUGACUACUGUGUUACAGCACUGCUGCGCAAAGUCACCACACAAGCGUGUUACAUUCCCAGCUGUGCAUAAAUGCGGAGGCCGCAUCUCCUGCUCUGUAGGGCGCAUAAGAAAAACGUGUACGAAUCUCUCUUAGCAAGGCCUUGGCUGUUAACGUACUACAUCUAGAGGAGAGCUGUCUGCAGCGAGAUGAGUUUUAUAUUUAAUGCUUAAUCCUUUCAGAUCAAAGCUUCUCUGGCUGCUCGACUGUGGCUUGGUACUACAGGCCAAGGAGCAUCCCUGUCUUGUUCUUGGUGAUCCGCAGCCAAGUCAGCGCGCUCUGACGCACCUGGGGUUGUGCUCUGCGUGUGCUCACUAGUGGUUUCUCUUCUGUACUUUCCAAACCGUCUUCCAGCUCUGGGACAUUGCUGACCUCUGAUAUUUUCUUCCUCAAACUGUGCCUUUAAGUUCCUUCCUCUUUCCUUCUUCCUUCAUGCACCGCGGCCGUAGACAGCCUAUCGAGUUUGUAUUAAUCCCUCUUGUGAGCAGCUCUCUUUUACAAGAAACCUUGAAAAAAAAAAAAAAAAAAAACCCAAAAAAACUUAGGAUCCCCUUUUUGUUGAGUGUUUUUGUGCGAUCUGCAUCUCCCCUCUGCUGUGUACUGUAAUUACACAGCUCCAUCGUGGGGAAUUCGCUCCCAAAAAGUAGCCUUUUCAGAUGGGCACGUGCAUUGCUCACUUAAUAAGCAAUGCAAGACGCGAGAGCGAGCGGUCGUAGGAAUACACUGACUAGAACAAGGCAGGAGCAGGUAGGUCAUUCUGCUAGCGUUAGUCUAGCAUUAAUUUGGGAAACACAUUCCACCAGAGCUCCCCAAGCUUUCUGGUAACCCAUCAGAGACCUCCGGCUGAGCUGGAGCUGGAGGUUCGACACUGAAAGACUCCGAGGCGCCCGCUUUGGUUUCUGCAGGGAAAUGCAAUAGGGGCAACAUUUCAGCCCUGAUUUUUAGAGGGGAAAUAACACCUGCCCCCACGUGGAUACAUUUUGGUGAGGGCUGCCGUGAUGUAUCGUUCUAAUAACGCACCUUCCCCUAUGUGUUUCUUAAGCUUUGUAGAUUAGCUCGCUCUUCUGCAAGAGUCUGACCCAUCCGUGCUGUCCUCGCAGCUUGUUGCUAGGCCGGUGGUUUCUCUUCUAUUUCAGUUUCUACCCUAAAGUGCAAAGUGUGCUCCUCUGACUCCCGCUAGAGAGGGGAAGCUGCCUCUUGACCCAAAAAGGGGUGAAGGUUGCAGACUCGCAAUGCUGCAAGACUAAAAUCGAUCAGUUGCACAACGAAAACAUUACGUUCCUGAGUUCUGCAGGCAGCUGUCUCUCCUAGUUUAUUACCAGGCAGCUUUCUAGAGAAAUUUUAAGCUGCUUCAAGCCGACAAUGUGUGAAAAUGCCAGCUUCUAUUUUGUCCUGUCUGAUAAAAUUCAAGUGGCACCAAACCACGUGGCAGCCAAAAGGUCUGUCUAUUUUGGAGCAAGAGCCCUAACUGGGCCUGAUCGCAUUUGGUGUAAGACUAGUAGCCAGCAGCAAUGAGAGGAGCAACAAACAAUGCAAAGUCUGAUGAUGAGCGUUACAGACGUGAGGUUUUGGUUCAUACUUUCAGCAAACGCAUCAGGCUGUGUCUGACGCUGUUGCGAGCAACCGCUGCUCUCAUUUGGAAACAGCUGAAGUAGCGCAGGAAAAAUUUAAUAGCCUGUAGGAGUAAUACUCGCGUGCUCCUAAAACUGAAACAGAAAAGUUGCCCCAUCCUGACAUCUCGAUCCUCGCUGGCCGCGUUCCUCGAUACUGUUCUAGGAUGAUUCUUCCCAAACCACAAAGCCACCCGGGCUUCCAGGUUCUCCGUAAAACCUCCUGGCCGGUGUGGCGGGGCAGGGAAACGGAGCAGCGUUUUGUAGCGCUGUGUCCCUUUGCCCUGCCACGCGUGUGGUGUCCGCGGAGCCUGUGAGGGAGGAGGGGACCAGGCUGACGAGGGCAGGCACUGGUGGAGAAGAGAGGGAGCACGGCCUGGGAGUGGCGUCCUGUAACUGCUCGCUCUUUGCAAUUCUAGGAAUUCAGACCUUUUUUUUCAAGGGAAAUAAACAGAUGUCACCUCCAGGAAUUACCAACUGUUAUUUCCCUGGUGUAUUAGAAAUGGGCAGCUCUGCAUAAAAGCACAGAUUCAUACAGCGACACAUUUUGCAAUAUUCCUCUCCAGUGGAGUAACUCUAAGCAGGGGAUCCAGAGGAGCGUGGAAAGGGAUGUGUAUAUUUUCUAGUUAGAGAAUAUGAGGUGUAUCCAGUAAUAAAUUCUGUAUCCAUCUAAUCAGUCAUCCAAGAAAUGGGGUUUAUUUUAUGUCCUUGCAAUUGCUUUGGGUUGGCUUAGGCUUUUUUUUUUUUUUUUUACAUGAUAUAUAGUUAUUUCGUGUUUUAAUGCUGGCUUAAACCCACCGGCUUUUAACUUCAUCUGAAAACUCAAUGAUUGAAGUCCGUCGAUUUUUACAGCAGUGCCCACGGCACGUGUCAGCAAUACUUACCUGCUGAGGUCACCGCGUAUGUAUGAAUUCUGUUUGUGCUCUGCAACAAUUCUGUGUCAUUCCUGGAGAACGAUCCCUGUCCGAGGUGAACCGUUACAUGUAUUUACAGCAGCGCUUACCACGGUCAGCCACAGGUAUCCAGCCAAGUGUGACAGAGCAAUAAGGGUUAAAUUUAGGCUGAUGCUCUUAGGUAUUUCCUUCUCCCCAGUAAGUUAACUCCCAUGAGGGUGAGCGUGUCAUUACAGAUCAUGCCUGCCAGGAAUCCUACCUGUAAAAAUAGAUUUUUCUGUCUCAAGGGCCUUAAUAAGAGUGUUACUACACAGAACUGUUUUACAAUGAUAGCUCUAAAUAAUUUAUUUUUUAUUUCAACAAAGUACACCUUAAAAAGUAAUAAACUUGUUUUUCAAGCCGUAUUUUUAUGCUAGUAGCACUGGACUGUUUGGUCUCUGAGAUUCAUUUCUGCAUUUCAUUGCCUGGGUUUGUUCUAAAGAAGAUUUAUUUUUGUUCUGUGAAUAAUUUUUGAAGGUUCUUGUAAUAUGUACAGAUAUAGAUACAUUUGAGGUCUUUUAUUGAUAUUCCUACAAAGAAUACAAAUAAACUUUAACUUUAAAC